AUGAUUGCGGCCCAGCUACUAGCCUAUUACUUCACUGAACUCAAGGAUGACCAGGUUAAAAAGAUUGAUAAGUACUUGUACUCCAUGCGUUUCUCUGAUGAGACAUUACGGGACAUUAUGCAGCGGUUUCGGAGAGAGCUGGUCCAAGGACUGGGACGGGACACAAACCCCACAGCUACACUGAAGAUGCUGCCAACAUUUGUGCAAUCAAUCCCUGAUGGUUCAGAAAAGGGAGACUUCAUCGCGUUGGAUUUGGGAGGCAGUAACUUCAGAAUCCUCCGUGUCAAAGUCAGCCAUGAGAAGAAACAGACCGUUCAGAUGGAGAGUGAAAUCUAUGACACACCAGAGGACAUCAUUCACGGCAGCGGAACAAGACUGUUUGACCAUGUAGCAGAGUGUCUCGGUGACUUCAUGGAAAAGCACAACAUCAAAGACAAGAAACUUCCAGUUGGAUUUACCUUCUCCUUCCCCUGCCAGCAGACCAAACUAGAUGAGGGCGUUCUGCUAACAUGGACAAAGCGUUUCAAGGCUAGUGGAGUGGAGGGAAUGGACGUUGUUCAGCUGCUCAACAAAGCCAUUAAGAAACGUGGAGACUAUGAGGCUGACAUCAUGGCAGUAGUGAAUGAUACUGUGGGAACGAUGAUGACCUGUGGUUUCGAUGACCAGCGCUGUGAAGUCGGCAUUAUUAUCGGAACAGGCACCAAUGCGUGCUACAUGGAGGAGCUGCGUCACAUUGACCUGGUGGAGGGAGACGAGGGCAGGAUGUGUGUGAACACUGAGUGGGGAGCCUUCGGAGACGACGGCAGGCUCGAAGACAUCAGGACAGAGUUUGACAGGGAGAUUGACCGAGGCUCUCUCAACCCCGGCAAACAGCUAUUUGAGAAGAUGGUCAGUGGUAUGUACAUGGGGGAGCUGGUCCGUCUCAUCCUGGUGAAGAUGGCCAGAGAGGGCCAGCUGUUUGAGGGAAGGAUCACCCCUGAGCUGCUCACUAAGGGCAAGAUUGAGACCAAACACAUCUCUGCCAUAGAGAAGAGUAAGGAGGGGUUGUCCAGGGCCAGAGAAGUUUUAACCAGACUUGGUGUGGAGCCCUCAGCUGACGACUGUAUCGCUGUGCAGCAUGUUUGUGCCAUUGUGUCUUUCCGCUCUGCCAACCUGAUAGCUGCCACGCUGGCAGGCAUCCUAAUGAGGCUAAAAGAGAACAAAGGCGUGGCACGACUCCGAACCACUGUAGGCAUCGAUGGGUCUCUAUACAAGAUGCACCCACAAUAUGCCCGCCGUCUUCAUAAGACAGUCCGUCGUUUGGUCCCAGACUCUGAUGUUCGAUUCCUCUUAUCAGAGAGCGGCAGUGGAAAAGGAGCAGCAAUGGUGACCGCUGUGGCCUACCGACUCGCCGAACAUUCACGAGAAAUUGCCCAAACACUGUCCGAGUUCCGCCUGACGACAGAACAGCUGCUGGAGGUAAAGAAGCGAAUGAGGACAGAGAUCCAAAAUGGCCUUUCAAAGAGUACUCAGGACUCUGCUACUGUCAGAAUGCUGCCAACCUUUGUACAAAGCACUCCUGAUGGCUCAGAGCAUGGUGAUUUCCUGGCUUUGGAUUUAGGAGGAACCAACUUCAGAGUUUUGUUGGUCAAGAUUCGCUCUGGCAAGAGGAGAUCAGUGGAGAUGCACAACAAGAUCUACGCUAUUCCUCUAGAAGUGAUGCAGGGCACAGGAGAGGAGUUGUUUGAUCACAUUGUGCAGUGUAUCAGUGACUUCCUGGACUACAUGGGAAUGAAGAACACUCGUCUUCCUCUGGGCUUCACCUUCUCAUUUCCCUGCAAACAGACCAGCCUGGACGCGGGCAUCCUGGUGACAUGGACCAAGGGCUUCAAGGCAACAGACUGUGAAGGAGAAGAUGUGGUGGGACUGUUGAGGGAGGCCAUUAAGAGGAGAGAGGAAUUUGACCUGGAUGUUGUGGCCAUAGUGAAUGAUACCGUGGGAACCAUGAUGACCUGUGCCUAUGAAGAGCCCACCUGUGAGAUCGGACUGAUUGCUGGCACUGGCAGCAAUGCAUGUUAUAUGGAGGAGAUGAGGAAUGUUGAGAUGAUAGAGGGGGAUGAGGGCCAGAUGUGUGUCAACAUGGAGUGGGGGGCUUUCGGAGACAACGGAUGCCUUGACGACAUCAGAACGGAGUACGACCGUAUUGUGGAUGACUUCUCCCUCAAUCCAGGCAAACAAAGAUAUGAGAAAAUGUGCAGCGGCAUGUAUCUUGGCGAAAUUGUACGGAACAUCCUGAUAGAUAUGACCAAGAGAGGAUUCCUGUUCAGAGGACAGAUUUCAGAAACACUGAAGACCAGAGGCAUCUUCGAAACAAAGUUCCUCUCACAGAUAGAGAGUGACAGACUGGCUUUGCUGCAGGUGAGAUCCAUCCUGCAGCACUUGGGGCUGGACAGCACCUGUGAUGACAGUAUCAUAGUCAAACAGGUAUGUGGAGCAGUGUCACAUCGUGCAGCUCAGCUGUGUGGGGCAGGAAUGGCGGCUGUGGUCGAUAAGAUCAGAGAGAACAGAGGACUGGACCAUCUGAACAUCACUGUAGGGGUGGACGGGACACUCUACAAACUACAUCCACAUUUCUCUGGUAUCAUGCACCAGACAGUAAAUGAACUGGCGCCUAAGUGUAACGUCAACUUCCUGCUGUCAGAGGACGGCAGUGGGAAAGGAGCUGCACUCAUCACAGCUGUGGGCUGCCGGCUGAGACAGAAGCUGAACAAUAAAUAGAAAAUAUCUCUGCAGUCUCACUGUUAUCUCCCAACUUUCCCGCUCUCUCAAUUUGUUAUCUCCAGCCCUCUGUUCUUUCCCUUUUGUUUCUUGAAUCAAUCCAGUCCAGUUGAAGUAUCACAGUCCAGUAGCUGCUAUAGCCCAUGUUCAUGACAAAGAGAGGAGAUAGCUUUCUUUGCUGUGUUAAGUAACAGAGAGUCUAUCAGCUGUCUAGAGAACUAUGUUGGAGUUAGAUUGUGUUUGAUUAACCAUUUAACAACACCCAUGUUGUUAAAGGUUUUGUCUGAGGUUAAACAUAUGAUAAAGUGAAAACAGCAUUCAGCUCCUGUAAAAAUGUGCAGGGCAGGAAAAAAAGUCCACAUGCUCCUGUAAGGCUCUCAUGAGCUCUUAAUCGUCACCAUCUAGAGGAUUCCUUUGAUAUUGCAGUCUGUUGCAAUACACCAAGUACAACAGGUGCAGGCAAUUUCCAAAAGCACUGCAGAAAAACAUUUAUCCUGGCAACAUGUUCAUUAGAUGCUACUCACUGGGAUAUGAGGUUAUUAUAUAAAUGUAUAAUGUGAUCAAAGGGAAUAUUUUUGCUUCAACGUUUUUAAUAUCUUACCCAGAUAGAAUACAAUCUUAUACAUACAUUGUUGCUAUUUAUUUUAUUUUUAUAUUGGGGGGGAUGUUAAACAAUUCUGUUGCAAUAACGAGGCACACAAAGGAAACCAUCGUCAAAGUCCCCUCAGCUGGUACUUGUCCUGUAGUGGAGGAUUUAAUAAACGACACGAGGGCAGAGGCAUCACAAAAGAGGGACUUCUACCAUGCUUGAUCUGCAGAGAAUGUCAUCCUGCAUGCUUAUUGAAUGUGCAGAUUUGGUCUUAUUUAUGACGGCAAUCAUAUUCUACUCUAUUGUACUCUACUGUAAAAUAUGUCCAAAGAGGACCUGUAUUUUACUAUGUAGAAAUCCUGUUGUUGGUACUAAUCACAGCUGUUAAGUUUUUGUUUGUCUUCAGAGGUGCUGGCUACCCUCAUCAUCACAAUGACACAAAUAUCAAUUACUUUGCAACAGCCAUGAAACAGGAAUCUGGUGCUAUCAUGGAUGCCAGUGGAACAACAAUGGCCAACGUUUUAGAAAUAAAGCUUAUCCCAAUA